CCUUUUCAACAUAUUCCUUUCUUACAAGUUUUACCUCCAACUUAGUGCUCUGAUGUGUGUGUAUGAAGUGUGUUUUGUGUUUGCAAAGCAAGUCUAUUUCUGUGGUUUGUGAUAAGACCUUCGCUUUACUUCUGUAAUCCUGCCAAGCGGCCAUCUCCAUCCCCAUCCCUCCUUUCAUCACUCCAUCCAGGGGAUUUGACGGCCAUUAACAGAUAGCUUUUUGCUGUGUUUGUGUGUCGCAUCAUUAAUGCAAACACACACACGCCCUGAACUGGGGAGGAUGAAUCACACACAGUGCCAGUGUUUCAGGCAGAAGAACCCUUGUUUUCUGAAUGAUGCCGUAGAACCUGCACUGUGUGAAGUGAUGGGCAGGAUGGAGACAUGUAUGUGUGUGGACAGUGGUUUUAAACACACAUGGGUGCAGCUGGGUGGACAGAGCUCCAGACCUCAGUUAAUGUUGGCAUGUUCCAGAUGAGAGCCUACAGGAAUGACUGGCAUCGUUCUUACUGUGUGUGUGCUGUCCCUGCUGCCUCACGGCCUGYUGGCCCGGUGGGCGUGUUCCCGGGCCUGUCCUGCACCCUGCAGCUGCACCCAGGAGAGGAGCUGCAGCGUGCUCUGUGACCGCUCGGCCAUGGCUGAGCUGCCCACAGAGUUCCCCUGCGAGGCCUCCUCCAUCACCCUGGAGAAGAACCGACUGCGGUUCCUGUCAGAGAGAGCCUUCGGUACUCUGCCCUCACUCAGGUCUCUGUCUCUGGACCACAACAACAUCUCCUUCAUUACCCCUGGAGCCUUCAAGGGUCUUUCCAACCUGCUGGAGCUGAAGCUGGCCCACAACGAGUACAUCAGUUACCUGCACACACGGACCUUCACAGGGCUGAAGAGGCUGCUGCGCCUGGACCUGUCCAACUGUAACCUGUUCAGCAUCCCUGACCGCAUCUUCAUCGAGCAGAGCGCCCUGAAGGAGCUGCUGUGCUUCCAGAACAACUUCAGGAGGAUCCCCGGGGCCAUCCGAGGCAUGGAGAACCUGACUCACAUCUACCUGGAGAGGAACAAGAUYGAGGCCGUGGCCUACAACUCCCUGCUGGGCCUGAUGAGUCUCAGGUACCUGAACCUUCAGGAGAACCGCAUCAAUGUGAUCCACGAGAACUCCUUCCAGGACCUGGUGCACCUGGAGAACUUCUACCUGAACGACAACCUGCUGUCUACCCUGCCCAGGCUGGCCUUCAGGGGGCUCAGCUGCCUAAAGAUGCUCAACCUGGGGGGCAACCAGCUGACCAACGUGUCCAGGACCUGGUUCAGUGACCUGGUUGAGCUGGAGGUCCUGUACUUAGACAGGAACCAGCUGCUGAGCAUCGAGGAAGGCUCCUUUGAGAACCUGAGCAGCCUGAUCACGCUGCACCUGAACAGCAACAACCUGAGCGUGCUGCCCCUCACUGUGUUCCAGCCCGUCUACUUCCUGGCCCACCUGUACCUGUUCAGGAACCCCUGGGACUGCAGCUGCUCCCUGGACUGGCUCAAGCACUGGAUGGACAGUUACAAACUGGUGCGGGACAUCCCCUGCAGCUCACCUGCCUCUGUUGCUGGACUGGAUCUGAGCCAGGUGGUCUUUGCCAACAUGAACGGCACAUGUGUGGACCCUUCAGACCUGAACCUGACCACGGUGUCCUCAGAGACAGUCCCGACCACAGAGAACCGCUUCAACAGCCUCAUCUCUUCGCUGCUGCAGCGGGAGCUCAGGGUGGAGCUGGGGAAYGGGUCAGAGAGCCUUCCUAACACAACCCUGCAGGAGUCAGAGGAGAGGCAGCUGUCAGGGGGGGCUGGGGGGCAACAGGCCUGGGCCAGCCAAUCACUGCUCUGCUUCACGGCCAUGUGGCUCAUUUCUGGAUUAUCUGGCCUGUCAGAUWCAAACUGCAGGAGAACUGGACAAAAACACAACAUGGACUAGAGUUUAUUUUACUGUCAACAAGAUAAAACCUGGUUUAUUUUUCCUUGUAAAUCUGAGGGAAAUGUUUUAUUGUGAGUUUCUGCUGCAAAAAGUUACAUUUAGUGUGGAGUAGUUUGGAUUGAUGCUCAACAAACAGUAUAUUCUGAGCUCUGACUCUCCACGACUUUAGAUUAAAAACUAAAUCUAUUUGGAGUCAACUCUGUCUUUCUCUUAGCAAAAUAUAUCAUAAACA